GUCCUUUUCCGAAAAAAAAAAUGGCGGCAACCCUGGGGAGGGGUUGAGAAAAUUUUAUUUAUAAGUUUGGUUGCCAAUGCAACGGUUAUUUCAUCAAAACAUUGAGCAAAAUGGAAAAAGCCAGCAAAGCGUUUCGUAGAAGCAGUGUAAGGAUCCGGUCAGCUGGAAGUGGGCACACUGACCUCCAGCUUGUUAUAUCAGAAAUUAAAGAAAUGAGGGCUGCUGCUAGAUGGUUUCAAAGCUCUCAAACGUCUGCACUUGGAGACCUUCUUAAAUGGUCUCUUCGAGGUGAAAAUAGAGCUAUACAAGAAACAGCAGCUCAACUCGUUGAACUUAACAUGAUCUGGAGUGAUGCUCAGAAAAACUUUACAGACAAUCUGAAAGACUACAAGCAGCAGUUUGAGUUGAUGCUUGAAGGAGAAAAUCAAGUAGAUACCUGCAAGCAGAAACUUUCUUUGGCUGAAGCCAAAGAAGCUAAACUGAGAAAAGAGUAUAAAAAAGCUUUUAAAAAGGAACAGCCUUCUGAAAUUCUAGAUGUUGAAACACAAUUAAAACAAGCAACGCAUGCCAGUGAAUUGGCCCAGGAAGAAAUGACGGAGUGUUCCAAAGAAAAUGAAGCUGUUAAGCUAAUCCGAAUGAAACAAAGUUUGCUCAAGAUAUCUGAAUCCUAUCUUGAACUUGCUCACAAAUGCAUUCACAUUUUUGAAGCACAACGAGAAGUUGCCUUGUCAUUACCUGAUGUUCAGGAUGCAAAUGUAGAAAAUAUUAAGUAUACAGGAGCAGUUUCUGGGCGACAUGCUGUACUCAAAGCGAAAGAUAAAGUCGAGCGUUAUAGGAGAAAUUCCGUGUCUUCUGAAGCCAUUAGCCAACCACCGCCUUAUAACCCACAUUACUCGCAAGCAAAUAAUGUGCAUAGGCGAAGUAACACUUGUCCAGAAUUUAUGCAUCCCCAGCCCAACAGGUCGUGGGGAUGGAAUGUUUCUGAACCGAUGGGAGAAGAUUCGCCGCCAAACCGAGCAGUGAAUGCAUACUCGCCGGCCGCCUUAAAUGACCGUUACCAUUAGGUGCCUCGUCUUAAAUAGUGUACUCAAAUCUCGAGACAGCUUUCCUUCAUGAUUAAGGAUUUCCUUUCUUUUGGUAUGUAGAGCUGAGGCCUUUUUUCAAUUUUAUUUUGUAGCUUCUGUUUGUAUUCCUGAAGUCUUUCAUGAACUUUUUUUUUCGACGAGAGAGUGAGCUCCCCUUUGCAGGUUAUUCCUCCCACUCAAAAAUCCUGAUAUCCACUUUUUAAAGCUCCAUCUAAAUAUGAACUUAUGGAAUUAUAAUUUCUGUGUUUGAUUAAGUAACAUCACUGGCAUGUGAACAAUACUUAACCUCUUGGUGGCUUCCAUUUUUCUGCUUCUUGCAUCCUCCUUUAGUCCAUGUCUGCUUCUUCUUAUGGCUUUAACCACCAACUCUGUUUUUUUUUUCUAGUCUCAUGCCCUGCUUGAACCGUUUCAGUAUUUUAAUUCAUCCCACUUCGAUUUGUUUUCUUGUUUUGCCCUUUAUCAAGUUAUUUUCAUAAGGCACAAACUCUAAAAGGUUUAUAUUCUUUCUCUCAAAAUCUCGAUCGUGUUUUACUGUCCCAUUAAAUAAUGGUAUUGCAAUUUGAGCAAUAAAACUUGACCCUUUUCUUUUA